AUGGACGACAAGCCCGAGAGGCCUACGAGCUCACACAGCUCCGAGAAGGAGGGGGACAGCUUCGAAGACGCUCCUGAAAUCAACUCUCGCCCAGAUUCACGAUCCGAGCCCUCACAUACCGAACGCGCGCAGUCACGGUCACGGUCGCUGCUGCAGCAAGGCACAAAGACGCCUGGCUCGGGGCCGAAACUUCCACCACGAGCCUCCCAGGACUCGACGAGCUCGCUGCAAGGCCUUUCCGGCAGAAUGUCACCCGUCAAAUUCCCUCCACCUCCUGCCCCACCAGCCACCCUGGAGAAGCCCGCGCCAGCACCGACAAGAAAACUCACAGGCCCAUUUGCAUGGCUAUCGAGAAACAGUUCUAGCAAGAAGCCCGAAUCCACCACUACAACAUCAACAGCAGAGAAGCGACACACAGGAGCUUCGAUCGCGACCAUUGGCAGCAAUCCUGAACUUACCUUGAGUAGAAUUGAUGACGAGGGCGAUAUGCGUACGAAUAACCGAUCGAGCCAGGGUAGCCUUCGCGACCGUUUCAAGUUCUUACGCAUGAGGGAGGAGGCGGGCAUAACACUAAGCGACGAGACAAACUCCGAUGGCACCCCCUCAACGGCACCGCCCAUCCUCCACGCGCGCUCGAGUAGUCGCAUUGGCAGUCCCACUGGCUUGUCCGACGACGAACCAGGCAGCCCGCCCGCGCUCCAGAAACAACCCACCAUCAACCCGAAGCUGGCUCCUGGAACCGCGUCUGGAUUUGCCGCAGGUCCGGCAGGAGACUCGGCCGAGCCUGUGGAUUGGGAUCUGUGGCAGUCGGUUGUCAACGAGGGCCCAGCAGCUAUUGCGCGUACUAGUCCCGAGGAACUCAAUCGUGCCAUCGCAAAUGGCAUCCCUCAGGUCAUCCGUGGCGUCAUAUGGCAAGUUCUGGCACAAAGCAAAAACGAAGAGCUCGAGUGCAUGUACAGGGAGCUUGUAGCCCGGGGAACGGACAAGGAGCAAAUGAGCGUUAAGCCGACCAACGCCAGCAACGGCCAAACGAAUGGAAACGGAAAAGAAUCGGUUGCCUCGUCCUCUUCCUCUGUCCACUCCGAUUAUUCGAGCCCAGCCACCACCACCACAAGCACAAACGUACCGUUGCGCUCGCCAUCCGUUGCCUCCGACUCCUCCGACGACCCAGCCAAGACACAAGCAAGAAUUGCUGCGGAAAGGAAGCUAAGCGUGGCGGCCAUCUCCAAGCUGGAAAAGGUCAUCAAACGCGACCUGGGUGCGCGAACCAGUUACUCCAAGUACGUCAUGGCAGCCGGUCUACAAGACGGCCUUUUCGGCAUCUGCAAAGCCUACGCCCUGUACGAUGAUGCUGUUGGCUACGCUCAAGGCAUGAACUUUAUUGCUAUGCCUCUACUGUUCAACAUGCCAGAGGAAGAAGCUUUCAGUCUUUUUGUAACGCUGAUGAACAAAUACCACCUGCGCGACUUGUUUGUCGCAGAUAUGGCCGGACUCCACCUACAUCUCUACCAGUUCGAACGUCUUUUGGAAGACUUUGAACCUGCCCUUUAUUGCCAUCUCCGCCGCAGGGAGGUCAAGCCCCAACUAUAUGCAACACAGUGGUUCCUCACUCUAUUCGCAUACCGCUUCCCGCUACAGCUAGUUCUGCGUAUCUAUGACUUGAUUCUCAGCGAAGGACUGGAGUCUGCGAUCUUGAAGUUUGGCAUUGUACUCAUGCAGAAGAACGCAGAAGCGCUGCUGGGCAUGAAGGACAUGUCGACGCUCACGACUUUCCUCAAGGAGCGGCUGUUUGACGUAUACAUUGACAAAGCUCCUUCGGCGAACUCGAUCCUUGAGAAUGGCUUCUUUGGUUCCACGGCUGGUGUUGACAAGGAAGUUUACCGCGCUGACGUACUCGUGAGGGAUGCAACCUCUGUCAAAGUUACACCAGAAAUGCUCAAACAGUAUACGGUCGAGUGGAAAGAACAGCAACGGAUAGAGAAGGAGCGUGAAACUGAGCUACAUGGGCUCAAAGACAAGGUCACCUCUUUGGAACAGAAGGUCCGAUCGCUGGAACACCGUACUGAGCAGUCAGACAUGGAGCACGUUCAGGUCGCCUCUGAACUGAUCAAGACCAAGGUCGAGAACGAAAACUUUGCCGAGGAAAACGAAGCGCUUCGGACCAAGGUUGAAGAGCUGCAAAAGAUUGUUGACACACAGCCUGCAGAGGUCGAGGCAAGACUGAAGAGUGAGAUGGAAACAGUCAUGCAGAAGAACAUUGUCGUUCACAAUGAGAAUCGCAACCUGGAAGAGUCCAUGGCCGAGAUGGAGAAGGAGCUGGUGGCGGUCAAGAUGCAAUGGGCCACGAUCAACGAGGAACACGAAGCACUCAAGCAGAAAUGGAACAACAUCUCACAGAUGAUGAAGUAA